AUGGCCACGGCGCCUAGUCCAGCAUUACUAGUAGUGCUAUUAUCACUACUACUCCACAACUUCCCCUCAUCUCUCUCCGCCGUCUCCCCCACCGCCCAACCUCUCCCGGCCGACGACGUCCAGCACUCCCCGGCCGCCGUCCUGCCCAUCCCGAUCCUGGACACAGAAGGAAAACCCGUCAAAGCCGGGGGCAGCUACUACAUCAUCCCGGCCGCCGCCAACAACACCACCACGCGCGCCGGCGGUGUAGGAACCGCCAGCCAAUCAGCCGCCUCCACGUGCCCACUCUCCGUGAUCCAGGACCGCCACGCGGACUCCAACGGCUCCCGGCUCUCGUUCCUCCCCGCGGCGGCAAAGCUCGGCUACAUCCUCCGCACCUCCAGGGACCUCAACAUCGAGUUCGCGGCGACGGGGUGUGAGGAAGGCGGCGUGUGGAAGGUGGAGGAGUACGACGACGAUGGCGUGGAGCGGUGGUUCGUGGGGACCGGCGGGGUGGAAGGGAAGGUGGAGGACUGGUUUAGGAUCGUGAAGUAUGGAGUCGGCGGCGGGAGUAAUUACAAGUUGGUGCAUUGUCCGGGAGUGUGCAAGUCUUGCAAGGUGAGGUGUAAGGACGUUGGGGUUUUUGUCGACGAGAAUGGGGUCAGGAGGCUUGCUCUCACCGAAGACCGGCCUUUUGUGGUUAGCUUCAUGAGGGUUGAUAAUUAG